AUUUUGUUUUAUAAUUUGAAAAAACGAGAAUAACUUACAUUAAUAAUCCACAUUUUAAUUUAUUAUGAGAAAAUUACAUUUCAUUUCUCUAUUUUUAAGCAUCAAAAUUACAUAAUCGUGGUGGUUUCUUAAUAUUAUAAAACUUUAGUUCAAUGUUUUAAAAGUAUCCGUUCACAAACAGGACGAGUACCAGGAGAAUGAGUAUUUGCAUACUGAAAAAAAAUUCGUGGAAAAUAUUCUUCAAUAGUGUGUGAAAUAUGUUAAUGUAUUGUAUUGGAAAUUGUGUGUAGUGGACGAUGCUGGUGGUAGGGGUAAAGAAUUAGUUAGACACAUUGUAAAUAUAUAUCUAGAGCCCGCCGAAGUUAAGCCGGUAGUCACGUUGUCUGUCAGUUGUUUCUUGGCCGUUAAUCGUGCUAUAUCGACAAAAAUCUUUGUGCCAUUGUAUGUGCGUUCUGUGUUUACCAAAUAUAACCCACAAUAAUCCAUCUACACCAGACUAUCGUCUGACGGAUAAUUAUCAUGUUUGCGUACAUAAAAUUAGUAGAUGAAGAUAAAUAUGAUACUAUUCCAUUUACUUGGGUAAAAAAUUAUGACCAAGUCAAGUUACCAGUCAAUAAAAACAAACAACAUUAUAUUUUGUAUGAAAAUCAAUCACCUAAGAAAGCUUUGCUGCUAUUUGUUGAAGAUACUAUUGAUGCACUCGAAAAACAAAUUAAAACAAGAAGAGUCGCAGUUCCAGCCCCUCGAAAUCAAGAAACAGCCUCUGAAUUGAGUGAUCCUAAUGAAAGUAGUGCGAGAAAAAAAACUACUCCAAAUUUUGACAUAAAUCCAGUUGUCAACCAACAAUUAGAACAGUUAAAGGCUAAGUUGGCGUUCGAUUCUUCCCUAUCGACAGAGAUGAAACAGCAAAACAGCCGAAGGAUAAAUAAACAAUAUUUAUUUAAAGAUUACAAUCCUUAUGGAGUUAGUAGGACAACUCGAUCCCGCCAUAAAAACAAAAUAAGAGAGCUUUACGAUAAAAAUUCAUAUACAAGAGUAAACAAUCCUCAGAACAUCUUUAAGGCUAACUCAGAUUCUCUAGUAACUGAGUCAUUAGUUCCCAAUAAGACAGAAUUUCCUAAGUCAUCCGUUGACUCUACUUCUAUUUCAUUAGAACUGCACGAACAUCCUGUAGAAGAAAGUUAUACUAUGGAUUUCAGUACUAGUUCAGCAGACCCGCUUUGUGUUUCUGAAGGAAAUCUGAUAAAUUGUUCGGAUUCUAAUCAACAACGAUCGAUAAACAAUCCAUGUGAAUUAUCAGGACAUUCUAAAAAUGGUAGUGCUUCAGAGGAUGAACUAAGUUCUGAUAGCUACAAUGUCUCAGAUGAUGAAGCGUAUUCUGAUAGUGAUAGUGAGUUAAAUGUAGUACAAGAUUCAGAAUAUGACCAGACUACUGAGUCGGAUUCAUUUAAUUCAUCGACCAGUAAUGAUUCAUUUCGCUUUAAUUGUGAUAAAAUGAAUGGUAAUACAAUCAUGUUUCCACAGUCAAAUACUACUGUUUCAGAUGUAUUACUAAUGGUUACUGCUUUCUCAGUAUCUAAACACUUGACAAGAAACGACCAAGAUGAUUUAAUAAAUUUAAUAAAAGUUUUAGCUGGUCCAACAUUCGAAUCUUGGAAUGCUUCUCAUUAUUCUCGGUCGAAAGCAUAUAAUCCUCCGAGGAAUAAAAUUCAAUCAAACUAUUAUUGCAAGACAGAAAAAUGUCACCGUAUUUUACACACAAGGAAAUUAUCGGAUAAGAAAAAUAAAAUAAAAGUUCAAUGCACCCACUGUCAAGUGGAAUAUGAACUUUCAUCGGCGAGUAAAAAUCAAUUUAUUAUUAUUGAUUUGAAGUAUCAAUUGAAAUUAUUAUUCAGGGAUAUAGAAGUGAAGAAUGAUUUAUUAAAUACCAUUGAAAAAUUAAAACAACCUCGAAAUGAUGGAGUUAUACAUGAUAUAUAUGACGGCCAACUGUAUAAAGCUGUACAAAAAUUUUCACCAGGCGCAUUAACUUACAACGUCAAUACGGAUGGCGCACCACUUACAAAGAGUUCCAAGCGAAGUAUGUGGCCGAUUCAACUUCACCUAAAUGAAUUAUCACCAGCAUUGCGGUUUCGUAACGUGAUUCUAAGUGGUCUAUACAUUACAUCGGCAGAACCAUCCCCCGAGUUUAUGCAGGCUUAUAUGUCAAAAUUUAUUGAAAACGCAAAUAAUAUGAUGGAGACUGGUCUAAACAUAAUUGAUAAUGAGGAUCGGACAAGAAAUUUAAAAUUUUUCUGUCUUUUAUUAUGUGUGGAUUCUGUUGCUAGACCAGUUAUCCAAAACCGUUUCCAAUUUAACGGAUAUUCAGGUUGUAGCUGGUGUUAUGCAACUGGAGUUUACGAUAGUUACGCUGUUAGAUAUCCAAUCACUCAACAAGCUCCACUAUUGAGAACAAAACAAAGUCAUAUUAAAGAUGUGGAACAAGUUGAAAAAUUAGGAAAGCCAAUAAAAGGUGUUAAAGGCACUUGUGAAAUGCUAAAAUUGAAACAUUUCGAUUGCGUCUGGAGUUUUCCUUUAGAUUACAUGCACGGCAUUCUAUUAGGUGUAUCACGACAUCUAUGGACAUUGUGGAGUAAACCAGGAACUGAAUAUUAUUUAAAUCCUCAACAACGAAAGAAAAUUGCGGCUCGUCAAUUAAACAUUAAAAGACCUCAAGAAAUUCAUAGGCUUGUGAGAACAGUAGAUCAUACAGCAAAAUGGAAAGCUUCGGAAUGGGAGUCGUGGCUAUUAUUCGAUAGCAUACCGUGUCUAGAGGGUAUUCUUGAUGAAAAAUGUUUCCAGUCGUAUCUUCUAUUAGUUUCAAGCAUAUAUACCUUGAUGACAGACAAUAUAAGUGAAAAAGAUCUUUUAAUAAGUGAAAUGAAUAUACUCCAAUUUGUGCGUGAUUGUCAAAUACUUUACGGUAUCAAUUCGAUGACAUUUAACUUACACUCGUUGUUACAUAUUGUAGAAUCAGUUAGGCAAAGUGGACCAUUGUGGUCAAGCUCCGCGUUUCCUUUUGAAAGCAUGAUUUUCCUUAUUAAACGUUAUGUUACGGGAGUCUGUGGUGUGUCGAAUCAAAUUAUUAACUCUAUAUUAAAAGAAAAAAAUAUUCGAUGCAAUAUUGAUUAUAAUACUGAAUCUAUGGAAUGCCGUAAUUAUUGUAAAGAUCUGUUUAAGCCACAACAGCUGAAGAAGUGUACACGAAGUGAUAAUCAUGCUCUACUGAUUGGCACUGAAAAACCAGCAGACGAUCAAUUGAUUAAAUUGAUGCAUAAAUAUUUUGACAAUAUUCAUUCAAUCAAAGUUUUUGAUAGAUGUAUUUAUAAUAAAAUGGUGCUCCGUAGCAUAGCUUACACUCGUCCAAAAAAAACGAACGACACAGUAGUUCAGCUAGAUACGAAAAAAUUCAUACGUAUUCAUGGUUUUUUUUCUUUAAAUAAUACAUGUUAUCUUUACGGCAAUCAAAUAUUAACUGUUCAAAAAACUUUUCAAUCAAACGUUCAAUUACUUCAUAUGUUACAAGUAACAAGCAUAGAAGAAGAAAUUUUAAUUGCCAGUAUUCAAACUGUGCAAAAGAAAGUCAUUUUCUUUUCAACUGGAGUGAAUGAUUAUAUUUGCUUCUUCCCUAAAAAUUUAGGAACAUAAAUAAAUUAUCUAGCGUGUCUUGUUAAUAUACAGUUAUGUUUUAAUCUGCUGUCAUACAAUUAUAAAUCAUUAUUGUAGAUUAACAUUAUACUAAACAUAUUCUAUAUAUAUAUA